UUUUGACCUAUUUUUGUUUGUGUUGUUAUAGAAAUCUUGAUGUUUUUGAAAUUCGAAUCAACGGUUUUGACAAGUUUGAUUGAGUUGAAUUUUUCGAAAAAAAUGGACCAACCAUCAAUUGAUAAUGACCAACAACAUUCCAUUGCACUUGAUCAAUAUAAUGGAUCAACUUGUUUGGAAAUAUCGCAAUCCGAUACAUUACCAUCCAUUUCAUUUGAUGAAAAUUUACAACAACCGGCUAAAGAAUUUUUUCUAAAAGAUUUACAUGACAAAAUAUCCAAUCUUCGUGAAGAAAAUUUUGAUCUUAAAAUGAAACUUUAUUUGCUGGAAAAUAAUGACAACUUAAUUAAUGGAAAUUCUGAAUUGAAACAAAAAGUUAUCAAAGAAUUUGAUAGGAAAAAUGGCGAAAUAAAAAAUCUAAAAUCAACAUUAUCCGAUAAAGAAACGGAGAUUAAAAAAUUACAAAUUUUACGAGAAGAAAAAAGUAACGAUAAUAAAUUUCGACAUGAAAAUAAAAAAUUGAAAAUGAAAUUGUUGGAAUUGUUCAACGCCUAUUCGGAUUUAUAUAAGCAUCUACGGGCGGCUGAUAACACUGAUUUUGAUUCGAAAUUGAUUCAAAAACUUGAUUCCAGUUCAAAGAUUAUUGAAAAAACGAAAAAUUUCCUCAUAGAAAAUGGUAUCAAUCCAAACAAAAUGAUUGAACUGAAUAAUAAUGAUGGAAAAUGUUCAUUCGUUAAUCAAUCAACACAGACAAUUUUGGAUAAUCUAAUUUAUUCGAAAACAAAUAAUGUUCAAACAACAAAAUGUUGUACGACUGAAAAUCUACGUGAAAUAAUCAAUGAUUUUCGUAAUAAUAAGCUUAAUUAUAAAACAUUUUUGGAACGAUUAGAUCAGAUAAUUGUUCAGCAACAAGAUCAGCCCAUUCAAAAUGAUGAUUUAGAAUUCAAACACAAAUUGUAUUCAUCAUUAUUGAUACAAUUAGAUAAUCUGGAUCAAUUGAAUUUGAAAAUAUCAUCCAAACAACAAAAUUAAUUCCAUUUUUUCGCAGCCUGUACAUUUGAUGAUUCGAUUUUUGAACAGAGAAAAACUAUAAAUAAAUAAAAUUGUCAAUCGUCGAUGCAAAUUGUAAAGAACAGAUUAGUCAAUGUCAGUUUGUCAUUCCAUCA